UUAAAUUUUUUUUUUUUUUUUUUUUUUUUUUUUUUUUUCAUUUUUGAUUUUUAAAUACGUAACAUGGAAAUAACAGUAAUAAAAAAGUAAAACAGAACAGUCUUGUUGUCUUGGAUCUUUGUUAGGCAGUUUAAAUUUUGAGCAGUGCAUCAAAUUUGAAGCAGAUCGCAAAUAAGCUCACUUUUCCUGUUUCCCUGAGGUAUAAAUCUGAGGUGGUACACGUGUAAAAUCUCUUCAUACGACCGCGCUGUUGAAUUCUGGAUUCAGAUUGGUCAGAAGAUGAUGAUUUAAAUUUUCUAUAAGAGCAGCUCUGACAGUAGUGCAGCUGCAAACCUCAGGUUUAUAUUAAUGUGCUUCUUCUAAUAUGUUGUUAUUUCUGUAGUAACAGCUCACUCAAAAGGACUCGUACAGCAGAAACUCCACAUAAACACUCUUAAUAAAAACUGCACGAUUGUUGUUAUGGUAUUUUCUAUAAAGUUUUCCGUGAAGAGAUGUUUAUUUAACGUUCAUAGAAGGAGUCUCCAGUGUCAGUGCUGUUUUUCUAUACGGGAGAGUCAUCAGUUUAUGGGUGAUAACAGGAACUAACUUGUUUCUUUAGAGUUUCACAAUAUCAAAUGUAACGAUAAAUGAAUAAAGAGCGCAACGUGUUAUUCUUUAAAUAAAAAAAGUAACCGUUGGCUUACAAAUUACUAUGGUUUAAGAGGGAUCAGCCCUUAUUAUUUUCCUACAGCAGCAUGGCAUGGAGAGUUUUAUUCCAUACUAGACUACCACCACAUCUGCUUAUUACGUAAAGGGUGCCAAUAAUUAUGGAGUUUACAUUAAAUAUGUGAGUGAAGUGAUGCAAUACAUCACUCUGGUUAACACAGUUUUCGGUUUGUCAACAGAUGAGCUACAGUUGUCCUUUUUUUUUUAGACCUAAAAGUGACCUGUACUGUGCAUUUAUUUUAUAAAAUAGCCAAUUGGUGUGUACUGUCUUAUUUUAUGUAUUCAUUUAUUAUUUUUUUUAAAGCACCUUUAAGGAAAGUUAAGCCCAAUUUUUAAUCCUAAUUUGGAAGAGUUUGUGAAAAUUUGGUCAUGAAGGAGGACAUCCUUGAGCAAGGGGCUUUUUGUUUGUUUGUACGGUUAAUGGCCAUUUUAACAUUUGACUCCAUCAGAGCCCCAGUCUAGUUUGUAAAAGUGUGACUUUGACACUUUAGAGUUGAGUAAAUUCGAAAGCAUAACCGGUUUUUUUUAAUGGAAAAGAUGUUUUCAAAGCUUUUAACUCGUGACUUUCUUUUUCUAAAAUGGCUGCCGGACUCUUUGGUGUUGGCAGCAGCAGCGCCAUCUACCGCUCAUCCGCAAUAUUACGGAUACGGUUAAAGUUACUUCUCUGACGAACUUAACAACAUUCGAGCAUUUAUUGUUUAGCUUCAUAAACCUAACAUCAUUUUUUAAGUUUCUUUAUUAUUUUAAUAGCGUUUUUAUUAACGUAUAAAACAUUAGUUAUGUUCUCGCUAGGCUACUGAAUAUUACUCUGUGUUUCUCGUGCCUGAGGUUUCUAUGGAGACAGCGCGCGCGCACGCAGGCCAACAAGUCUAGCUUACUUCCGGAAUAUUUUUACGUCCCAAACUUAUUACUUUUACAGUAUUUAAUCAUUUUUUAAUACGAAAUAAGAAAAGGAAACACUUCUCUCAGAUUUUGUUGUUGUUGAACCUCUACAUGUUAUGCACGCAUUGCGUUUUAUCUCUUCAAAUGAUUUCAAUAUAAAAAGUCCCAUGGAGGAAAACGUUGAGCUUUUCAGGUCUUCCAAAAAUACCCAUAAUGCAUCAAAGUACGAAGGACUCUCGCCCAGCAAAUCCACUCAAACCUGGACUGUAAAGACGUUACUGCAGGAGCAGAGAGACGAUGCAGACGGGUGGGAAACCUCAGAGGAGUGGCUCGAGUGGAGGAGCUUGGAGAGUUGUGGCCUCACUCUGCCCCACCUCCUCUCUCAGUGCUCCACUGCUGCUGUAUCUUACAGAGAGGAUCAGGCGGAUGCACAGCUGGAGAUCGACUCCGAGUCCCUCGCUGACUUCCAGAUGCAGCUUUACCAAGCGAUCGAGAUGUACCACAGGAGAAUACAGUGGCUGACUCGAGGCAGCAGAAAGAUCUUUGGGGUGGUGACAGGAUCCAGACUUGGAGUUCUCAUCGACUCUUCUGACGUGAGCUGCUCUGAAGAGAGGCUCUCCGAGCUCCAGCGCCACCUCCUGCUUCUCGUACAAGAGCAGUUAUGCCUGAAGAAGCAGCUGCACUUCCUGUCCAUAGGCACAGAAGUCAGCAGUCUGUGGGAGAAACCGAGAGACGUUAACCCGAAGAGGCUGCAGGAGGUUCAGGAGUGGAUCCUGCGCCUGAGGCCGAGUGGAGAGUGCAACCUGCUCCAGGCUUUAGAGAAAACCAGGAGCCACGCCCAUCUCGACAGUCUGCUCAUCAUCCUGAGCUCCUGUCCUGACCAAGACAUGGAUAUUUUACUCUCCUACACGUCUGAAAUGGUACAGGAGAUGUCGCUCACUGUUCACGUGGUGUCCUUCGAUUCCUGCGGUCCAGCAGCCGUUGCAGCUGUAAAGAACCUGAGUAAAGUCACAGGAGGGAGAUUUCACCUGUUUUCUGCUGCACUGGGUGUGGUGGACAGCAGUAGUGACUUGGAGCCUCUGUGGGCUGAAAUUAAAGCCGCACGAGACGUUCUCCACCACGCUCAGGACGCGCGUCGGUGUGGGCGACUUGACCACACGGUGGUGUCGAUCGUUUCAGAGAUCUCGACGGAUUUGGACGGUCUGUCUCUGUCGGAUCUGAACUCUGAAGCCCACGCCGCCGCCCACAGUGCUGCUCUGUGUGUCCAGCCUCCAGGUCCUCUCCCGUCCACCUCUGCUGAGUGGCUGAAAACACACGGCCUGAAAGCCAAGAAACUGAACCUGUACCAUGUGCUGGCUCCUAACGUCUACUCUCCACUGGAGGGCUUCGUCCCCAUACUGGGGAAGCACGUCCAGUCAAAAGUGCACGAGGAAGCAAUGGUGCAGUUUGAGUGGCACGACGGCACAGUGAAGAACAUGCACGUGGAUCUGCCCCUGCUGCAGAGUUAUCAGAGGCGGCUCCUGGAGGCCGAGCGUGUGUUGGAGGACAGGGUCACGUGGUUAAACAGUACCAGCAGCAGGCAGAUCUGGGGAACAGUGUGUGAACAGAGCGUGCAGGUCCUGCUGGACAUGUCCGACGUGAGCGUUCACCACCAGCUCCACAUCCAGCACGCCGUCCGACUCCUGCUGCAGGAGCAGCUUCCUAACACACACCGCUUCAACAUCGUAGCGUUUGGGUCAGAUGUGAAAGCGUGGAGAGAGCAAACGGUUUCCGCUAACCACCAAAACCUUCAGGAUGUCUGGCAGUGGGUUCAGGAAUUAGAGUGUGCAGGGGAUCGUAACACACUGGCUGCUCUCAGACACGCCGUGGAGACAGAACCACACGCCGAUUCCUCUCUCACUCGCGGAGUGUAUCUGCUCACCACCGGCACUCCAGACCAGGCCAGCUCGGCCGUCUCUUCAUACGUGUCCGAGUUCUGCACCGGUCAGCGGGUUCACGUGUGCCUGUUCACCAGAGAGGACGAGCCGCCCCGAUGCUCAUCGUCCCGCGACGUGUCCCACGCCGAAGACGCUCUGUUUCUGCGCAACCUAGCACACGGCGCUAACGGGCGCUUCCACUGGAUCACGGACACAGGUAUCGUGGAGAGCGAUGACAUCACCGCCCUAAUCAGAGAAAUGGAGAAGGCUGCUGAUUACUGGGAGAAGUGCUGCGAGUUGAUGGACUCUCUGCUCCAGCGGAGCUCCAGCGCAGAUCCAGAGGAGGCUCACGGUCGAGAGUGUCGCAGCCCAGCUCGGUGCGCUAAGCCUCGCGCGCAGAUACGCACACUUCCCCCUCCCAGAGAGACCCGACUGAGCUCGGCCAGGCUGGGGAGGACGGAGGCGAAGCGCUCGCCAACAUGGAGGCCAAACAGUGCCAGAGCAGUCAUUCCUCCUGCACUCCCGAUGGAUGGCUUUGAACCGGUCAGGCUUGCAAACUCUGCUAAAGCGAAGAAGAAGCAAACAAUCUCCCGCUCCGCCCUCGACUCGGAGGAGGGCAGCCCAGUAACUGUAGAUUCCGUUUAUAAGCAUCUGAAAGCAAACAGCACUCAGAAGUGUGUUAAUAUCCCUAAACACGAAGACCUCUCCUCCUCCAAACAGUGGCUGAAACGGUUUGGCGUCAGGAGUCUGAAACUGGACCUGCACAAGCUGCUGUCGGUUCCUGCGUGCACCCACCGUAAGAAGCUCGUACCCUCCGUCAGCAGGAGCGUGUCUGCAAAAUACUGCGCCAUCUUUCCCAGCGUGCACCUAAACGGACAAGUGCGGCAUCUGUUCCUGAGUUCGGGCGAGUUGAAGCAGUACCUGAUCCAGGCUGAAAGGGUUCUACAGCGUUACUCUCACAGGAUGCAGUGGCUGCUCUCAGGCAGCAGACGUGUGUUUGGCUGCGUGUUGGAGAGGGACGUGUGUGUCGUCCUCGACGUGUCAGGCUCCAUGUCGCCCUGCUUCGCCCAGCUGCAGAGAGAUCUGACCUCACUGAUCUGGGAUCAGCUGCACGCCAACAGAGUCAGAUUUAGUAUGGUGGUGUUCUCUGAAGAGGUGCGGGUUUGGCAGGAGGAGCUGCUGGAGGCCUCAGAGGAGAGGUGCAGGGAUGCAGUAAUGUGGCUGGGUCAGCUUAAUACACACGGAGGAACCUCCAUCCUACAGGCACUGCAGGCAGCGUGUGUGUUCAGUGACUCGGUCGGUGUGUAUGUGAUCAGCGACGGUCGGUGGGACCGUAGCUGCAGUCUGGUGCUGAAGGAGGCCGAGAGACUGACGUCAGGAAAGCACAUCACCAUCCACACGGUCACACUGAGCGGCCUGGACAGCACAGCCAUGUUUCUGAAGAGCCUGGCCCAUAAAACCGGAGGCCGGUUCCACCAGGUACCUCCAGCCGCAGACACGGACGUGGCCAGAGAGCUCCUGAGCAGCGGGUUCAGUGCUGGAGAGGACUCGGUUCUUCCUGAGUUUCACGGUGAUGAUCUGAAGAGGCUGAGGAAUGAGAUUGAAAAGUUGAGAAUGUUCCAGAAACAAGCCAAAGGCUUCAGGGAAAUGUUAUUGGUGAAGAAUCCAGAAGUCGGCGGCCCGAAGUAAACGAAUCAACGUCCACCCAAGCAUUUUAUUUUUUUUGGACUGAUUUGAAAUCAUGAUAUGUUAAUUAAUUAAGUUGUCAGUUUCCGGUACACUGAUGUGGGUAUUAAAAAUAACCAUACAGCAUCUCCUCUGUUAGACUACGAUGGCAAAAAUACAUUCUUAGGUCUUUCAAUUUCUUAAGUGUCGGAUGGUGUCUUCUGGGGGGGUGCACGGUGGCUUAGUGGUUAGCACGUUCUCCUCACACCUGCAGGGUUGGGGGUUUCCCACCGUAGCCCUGUGUGUGUGGAGUUUGCAUGUUCACCCCAUGCUGCGGUCCAAAGACAUGCAUGGUAGGCGUGUAGGGAUCGGUGUUUCCAAAGUGUAUGAGUGGGUGUAUGAAUCACUGCGCCCAUCUUCAGUCGUCUUGUCUCAGUCUUGCCACUGGACAAUGGCGGUCACCGGGGAGUGAGAGUGAGGCCGAUGCUGCGCAAGUCUUCCUCACUUUAAUCCAAUUCACGCGCAAGUCGAGUCCCAGUUUGUGCUCUCCAAAAUGGAGGCAGAAACCGUCGAAAUCGACAGAUGAACUCCUGUGUGUGUGUUUGGCCAUUAUCAGGCUUUGUGUGCAGAUGUCUAAUAUACUGUAUACACUUAAACCAAGAUGUGAAAACCUGUUUCUGAAUCUUACUUAAUGUAUGUUCAAGUUUUUGCUUAUUUAGUGUUAAAUUACAAAUAAAAUUGAUGACCUGAAUAAAAAUAAAAAUAAUGAUAGUAAUAAAAA